UGGUUAAUUACUAAUGACUAUCGGAGAAGGUUCUUACAAACUUGAGGGAGGUGCUUAUCACAAAAAAAAAAAAAAGGUUUGUAUUUGUAUUUGCUCUGCGGGGAAGAGAAAACAUUGCAAGUAAAGCCGCAGGGAAUAGCUUUCUAGUGGAAAAGGAAAGACUGGGAAGAGCAGGCUUUUACGAAGAAGAAGAAGAAGCAUCUCAUUUGCCUGAUCCCCGGCCGAGAGCUCGCUUGGUUUGCCGGAGAUGACGAGACUUCUGAAACCGCCUUCAGUAAUCCAUGCUAGGUUACCUGCCUCCCUCCUCCGCUUGCUUUCCGUUGCCGCUCUUUUCGCCCUCGUCGUUUUCGCCAUUCAGUACUCUUCCUUCACCGGUUCCCUUCACUCCCACUUUGCCCUAAUUCACUUCAUUAAUCUUGCUCCCUUCCUUCCCCAUUCCCACAUGUUUCAACUUAAGAUGAUUAAUCCGUUCCCAUUGUCGGCAGGCCACACUAUCGACCCCCAGACCGCGAUGGUACACCUAAACCCGUCUCUGCAAGAACAGAUUUCAAUCCUAUCUGAUUUUCAAUCUAGCCUCCAGCAAUGCGUGGCCAACAGGGGACUAGGACUCACUGCUCAUAUUAUUGACCACUGCAAACUGGUACUCAAGUUUCCUCCAGGAACCAACAGCACUUGGUAUAAUGCACAGUUUAAGAUCUAUGAACCUUUGGAGUAUAAUUACGAUGUUUGUGAAGCCAUUCUGCUCUGGGAACAGUACCGCAACAUGACGACUGUUCUAACCAGAGAAUAUCUGGAUGCUCGACCUGAUGGCUGGUUAGACUAUGCCGCGAAACGAAUAGCACAGUUGGGUGCAGACAAAUGCUAUAACAGAACUCUUUGUGAAGAACAUCUUAAUUUACUUUUACCGGAAAAACCCCCUUUUCAUCCUCGGCAGUUUCAAACUUGUGCAGUUGUCGGUAAUUCAGGGGACCUAUUAAAGACUGAGUUUGGUAAGGAAAUAGAUAGUCAUGAUGCUGUUAUACGAGACAAUGAGGCACCGGUGAAUGAGAAAUAUGCUCGGUAUGUUGGUCUGAAAAGGGAUUUUCGCUUGGUAGUUAGGGGUGCAGCUCGUAACAUGGUUACCAUUCUAAACGGAUCAGCGGACGAGGUGCUAAUUAUUAAAAGUGUCACUCAUAGAGAUUUCAAUAAUAUGAUCAAGCGCAUUCCGAACCCUGUAUAUCUCUUCCAAGGUAUUGUCUUGCGUCGAGGUGCCAAAGGAACUGGUAUGAAAUCCAUAGAACUAGCACUUUCCAUGUGUGACACUGUUGACAUCUAUGGAUUCACUGUGGAUCCGGGGUACACAGAAUGGACCCGUUAUUUUUCUGAACCUAAGAAAGGGCAUAACCCUCUUCAAGGAAGAGCAUAUUAUCAACUCUUGGAAUGCCUUGGUGUAAGGAGUUUCCUCCAUCAUUUGCUUUUCUUAGAUCUAAUAAAAAGACUUAUGAUACAUAGACCCACGUAGUGGGAUAUCCACGAAGUUGUUGCCGCUGUAUUCGUUUCUGUGUUUGAUGCUCUCUAUUCAAAACAAAUGAUGUACGCAUUUCAGGUUAUUAGGAUCCAUUCCCCGAUGAGAUCAGAAAGAAAGCAAGACUGGUCUGACGUACCCAGUCGAGAAAUGAUACAGAAAGCUCAUUCAGCGGCUUUACGGUUGAAAAGAAGUCAAUCUGACCAACAAGAACGUGGCGGACUGGGACGGUUUGGUAGCUGUAAAGUAUGGGGCCAUGCCGGUGACUAUAGCAAUGCUGGUCCCAUUUCUGGAUCUCCUGAUAUGAGCGAUGUUCGGAAAAAUUCGAAUUACAGCAAAUGGGAAGUUAUGUCAUUUGAAAGCUUGAGAAAAGAAGCGAGGGAUCAUUUUCAGGAGAUGGCAGGUGUCUCUCUGUACAAAAUGGAUGGAAACAAGUUGGAUGAUCUUGUAUGUGUUAAACAUGAACUGAAAUCAGAGGCAUGAGGAAGAAACUUGAGGUUCUGUUAAUUUUGAUGCUAUUGAACUGUUUACGGGAAGCUAAAUUGAUGAUUAUGGUUCAACUUACCAUCAAUUAACAUAACAUGCGGUCUUGAUGCACUGCACUUAGCGUCAUGCGUUGAAGUAUGAUCAAGCUGCAUUUACAGGCACUUGGACGCCCUCCAAGAGGCAAUUGGGUUUGUUUUGAGUUGUUUGCAGAUCAGUUGAUAAACCCCCUUCUGUCUUGUUGUAAGAUUUAUUGGUAGGUGAAAAUUGGUGGUAUUAAAUACUGCCAUAUUACUGAUCUUUCAUGUGUGCAGCUCCAAUUGACAAUGUAAAAGUUCUAUAAAUAUCUUACAUUAUUUUUUCCAUUUUAUACACUUAUUUCUUGCUCUCAACUCCCUUCAUCUCGAAAUCAUUGUUCAGGAUUUUCAUUUCUAGUACUAAGUGUAAUAAAAGUGAAAACAAUUACUUUGGAACAUAAGGAGUACAAUUUAAAGAUAUUAAUUCUGGC